AUUGCUACACACAUAACAAUAAGAUUAGGCAUUUUACCAUAGUGUUAAUGUGAAGUUAGAAUAAACUCCAAAUGAAUCGUCUUUUAAAAGGUUUUUGCUAACAGUAUUAAUUUCUACGUUAUUAAACUGGACUUAAAUUUGAUUGUACUUUUGUUGAUGCGAAAUAAGUUGCUGCAAAAUAAAUGUUAAGAUUUCUAACAUAAGAUUAAUAAAUAAUGAAAACAAAUUGAAACUACAGAUGUGAUCAAUAAGCUUAUCAAAAUAGAAUUAUUAUACUUUUGCGAACUAAUAGCUUUUUGACAUACGAGUUAACCCUUUAUUGAAGAAUCAAACAUUGGCUUUGUGCUGCAUUAAUUAAUUAUGAGUGUCAUCGGUCGUAAGCACGAUUAUCCAACUGUGAAAAACUCGGGUUCAACCAUAUAACUAAGCUAACACCGUCAGAAUGGAAGAGGCUUAGAUAAGUUUUUGAUCAGACGGGAGUAACGUCGAUUUUGUGAAAAUAAAGAAAUAUAUCGGAAUGUUUCAUCACGGGUGGAUUUUUAGAAUAAGAGCGAAAUAUCAUGUGUUGAUGUUUGUGGCUGUAAGCUUAUUAUUCGCACGUGUGGCUUGCCGUAAUCCAAAAGGAUCGUUAAUGACUCGAAAACGGCCAGUGCUAGACAUUCAUCGAAAUUUAGGAAAUCCUCCAAACAAAAUGCCUACACGGGAACAAACAACACGGCCAUCUGUUUGUUAUCUGCCUACGCCCGAUCGAUCAUUUUCUGAUCGAAAGCAAUACAGGUCUAUACUAUUGCCGAAUGGGCUCCAUGCCCUUUUAAUCGCAGAUUCAACUGAUCUAAUGGUUUCACGGUCUAAAAACUACGAAAAUUUUGAACAAACUACGAGCAGUACUUCAUCUGAUGAUGAAGAUUCAAAAGGAUCUGAGGAUAACGAACGGUUGGUUAAUAAAGUGAAUGUCUAUUGCGACUCGGAUGAUGAUAGUGACAGUAGUGUUAAUGAUUCUUUUAUAACGAGUGAACAUGAAGGUGAAAAAUUAGCUGCUGCUGCCCUUUGUGUAGGAGUAGGUUCGUUCAGCGAUCCGCGCCACGUGCAAGGCCUAGCGCAUUUUUUAGAACACAUGAUUUUUAUGGGAAGCAAAAAGUACCCGCGGGAAAAUGAAUACGAUUCCUUUAUCAGUAAAUGCGGUGGUUUUGACAAUGCAGUAACGGAUUUGGAAGAAACCACAUUUUAUUUUGAAAUAGAUGAAGCGCAUUUAGAUGGAGCUUUGGAUCGUUUUGCUAGUCUAUUUACUGAACCGUUAAUGCUUCGCGAUUCCGUUUGCCGUGAACGUGAUGCCGUUGAAAGCGAGUUUCAAACAAACAAGAAUCGUUUUACUCCGGCUCGCGAACAAUUGAUAGCAUCACUCGGUAAUGAUGAUCAUCCAAUAAGUUUAUUUUCUUGGGGAAAUUUAAAAACUUUAAAAAAUAACAUAUCAGAUGACGAAUUGUAUAAGGAACUCCAUAAAUUUCAAAGGCAACACUAUUCAGCUCAUCGUAUGCACUUUGCUGUACAAGCGCGCAUGAGCCUUGACGAGCUCGAAUCCCUAACUGUGAAGCAUUUUUCAAGCAUACCUUCCAACCAACUACCAGCUAAUAACUUGUCAGCAUUGUUUAACGAAAAAAAUGCUUUUCGGGAUGAAUUCUACCGAAAACUUUUGAUUGUGAAACCAGUCUCAGAUGUGUGUCAACUAGACAUAACGUGGUGUUUACCACCUAGCAUAAAAGAUUACCACGUGAAACCAAUUGAUUACAUUUCCUAUAUUAUGGGCUAUGAGGGUAAAAAUAGUUUAACGAGUUAUCUACGUAAGCAUUCAUUGGCCCUAGAUGUACAAACUGGAGCAAAUUUUGGAUUUGAAAAAAAUUCGCUUUACACGCUGUUCGGAGUAUCCAUCACUAUGACCGAUCGUGGAUUAGAAAAUGUCGAGCAAAUUUUAAAAGCUGUAUACUCGUUUGUACGAUUGCUAAAGCGCGAGGGACCUGUUGAAUGGAUUUACAAAGAACUGCAAGAAUUGGAAGCAACAUCUUUUCGAUACCGUAAAGAAAAAGAAGCUAGUGAUAAUGUGGAAGAAUUAGUUGUCAACAUGCGUUAUUAUCCUUCUGAACAUAUUAUCACUGGCUCAGAAUUAUAUUUCAAAUACGACCCGAACGAGAUAUGGACGGUUAUCAACAACCUAAACAAGCCACAGUUUAAUCUGAUGAUAUCGUCUACAAAACCUUAUAGAAAUGUAACUUACAAUCGUACUGAGGCUUGGUUUGGAACGGAAUAUGUCGAGUUAGAUGUUCCAAAAGAAUGGCAACUUUUAUGGGAAUUGGCGGAACCAAUGCCAGAAAUACAAAUUCAAGAGAAAAACCAAUAUAUUUCGACCAAUUUUACGAUAUUAGCGGAUGUAACAGAAAAUUUAGAGGUUCCACCUCACCCAGAGAAGAUUUUCGAAAACGAUUUAUGUGAACUAUGGUUCCGCCAAGAUAAUAAAUUCCGGCUUCCUUCAGCACUAAUGUAUUUUUACAUAAUUUCUCCGCUACCAUUCAAUAAUCCUAGCAGUUCCGCUUUGGCUGGAUUGUUUGCCUCGAUUAUUAAAUAUCAAAUAGCAGAAGAACUCUAUCCAGCCGAAGUGGCGGGAUUGAAUUAUGAACUAUACUCGGCAGAGAAAGGAUUUGUGUUGAAGAUUGAUGGAUACAAUGAAAAAUUACCCAUCAUAGCAGACGAAAUAUCUGCUUCAAUGGGACGAUUUGCAGAAAUAUUUAAAGAUAGUAUUUUUGAUGUGAUCAAAGAUAAACUAGAAAAAAUGUACUAUAACGAAGUGAUGAAACCUAACAAGCUGAACAGAGAUGUUCGUUUAAAGCUUGUUCAAUUAAAUCAUUGGUCAACGUGGGAAAAGUUUGAGCAUCUUAAACAUUUUACAAUCAAUGAUGUACGUCAGUUUGGAAAAGAUUUCUUCAAAAACUUCAAAAUUCAAGCGCUAAUACAGGGUAAUAUUGAGAAAGAAACUGCUAAACAAGUGAUAGAUAAAGUCUUGAGCAACCUUAAUGGAUCGCCGAUUGGAGAUAUCAAAACCGUUGAAUCGAAGGCACGUGAAAUACCUAUCGGGGAUAAUUAUCUGCGAGUUUCCAAUUUUCGAGAAAAUGAUAUAAAUACUGUAACUACGACUUUCUACCAAGCGGGGCCUGUCACUCCGUUCCUACAUGCGUGUCUAGAGCUGCUAGUUUCGUUAUUAGAGGAGCCAUUAUUUGACAUGUUACGUACGAAGGAGCAACUGGGAUACGAUGUGUCGACUACACUGCGCGAUAAUGCUGGAAUAUUGGGAUUAUCUUUUACAAUUCAUUCACAAGAAAACAAAUUUAAUUAUCAAUACAUAGACGAAAGGAUUGAAAUAUUUAAUCAAAACUUUUUAGAACUAUUGCAUAAAAUGACAGACAUAGACUUUGAGCUAGUGAAAACAUCUCUUAAGCAUAGGAAACAAGUCGUAGAUACUGAUCUGAAAAAUGAAGCCUCUCGUCAUUGGGGUGAAAUCACAACAGAAGAGUAUAUAUUCAAUAGAAACAGCUUAGAAGUACAAGAAAUUAUAAAAUUGUCAAAAACUGACGUUUUACGUCUAUUUCAAACACUUGUAAUGGAUUCAACCACUAGGAGGAAACUAUGUGUACAGGUCGUUGGUAAUAAUGAUAAAAUAACGAACAAUACCGCACUAACUUACAGCAAUAUUGAUACGAAGAGAGCUGCGGGCUUUCAAUUAAAUUACAUUCAUCACGAGGAACCUUUAAAAGACGAUUGCCGGUACAUAGGUGAUAUCGAAAGCUUUACGAAACAACUAAAAGUGUAUAAUAUGGUUAAAAUGGAUUUUUCCACGGGGAAUUGAAAUUUAUUACACAGAAAUUUUCACAAUGAUUUGUUGAAUUGUUUUCCAUGUUUUUCAGCUUGUUGACGACGGUGCUGCUGAAUAUAAUUGUUGAAGUUUAUUUCUUC